AUCAGUAUGCUUGUGACUCUUGCCAAGUCAGUGACUUGACGUGUAUUGGAAAGAAUCUCCACCACCAACACACAAACUCAUACAUACGUACAAGAUACACAAAUAGUUUGAAAGUCGGACAGCAAUCGGGUGCAAGACGCUACAAGACCACCAUACACACAUCCCCACGGACGGAACAAGCUCAAGAAAAUACUCUCAUGCCGGGUAAUUCACCCGUCAUCGUCGUGCAUGCACAUACGAAUACGUUCUCCGACUCCCUUCACAAAAUCCAAUCUCGCAAACCUUCCUCGGUCUGAUCAUUCUGAUAGUUUAAACUCAAGUUUACCACAAAAUCGGAAAUGCAGAGUGUGACUAAUAACGUUCUAUUGACUCAGUUGUAUUAAGAAAGCUGAAAAUUAAGGAAGGUUUGAGCUAAGAAGCCAGUGUUGUUGCUGGAUCAAGAAGUAUCGGUGUGUGGCAGAUUGAGACUACUCAUACGCUAUUCUUUUAAGAAGUGAAUCCUCCACCAUUUCGCUUUUAACAAACUCAUCAUCACCCAAGUUUGUAUACAUUUACACCGAAGUAACUCCACUAACUCGAGUGAUUUCUCUCUACUUUAACUACUCGACUCUCUGGCUGGAUCAUCGUCUAAUAAGAAUGACUACGCGAUUGGAGUCAUUCAGUUAGAUACACCUUGCAUCUCUUCUAGAGUGGUCGUGCAUUAGUUUUUUAGUGGUACCCCGUAAGCACAAGCAGGAAGAAGGAGUUCGCCAUCAAAUCUUGUUGGCUGUGGGUGUACAAAGUGAAUGGGGAAGAGAAGUUCAGUGGUGGCGUUGUUUGAUUAUUUCAUUAUUGUGCGUUACCUUCAGCCAAAUGCCAUGUGGUUGUUCUUUCGGUGACCGUUAAGUUGGUGGUUGCAUUUCUCGGGAAUUUAUUAUGUAGUCUUAUUUCCCGUCUAUGAAAUUAUGGUGUGAGUACCAAAUAAAGUGGGAAUAAGUUUGACAAGUGGACAAAUUGGUGAAAAAUUGAAAAAUGCCGAAAAUGGAUCAGUUUGUUAAGCAGGCUUCUGCCCUGUUCCCAAGUUUAGUGGUUUUAGUGAGUUUCUAUACACUAACAAGUUUUAGGAUAACUCAAGGCUUCAACAUUGACAUCCCAAGUGUCAUAACCCACAAUGGUCCUGGAGGCUCAAUGUUCGGAUUUUCCGUCGCCCAGCAUCACGACUCCAAUACGUCUUGGAUAUUGGUCGGUGCCCCGACGGCGGAUUCAAAUUUGCAGGCUACUUUGAGAAAGCCGGGUGCUGUGUACCGAUGUAGCUGCGUCCACAAGAACUCGUGUCAACAACUUCCCUUCGACAGACAAGGAAACAAUAUGGUAGAGGGAAAGCAAAUAGAUGAAAAAUCUUUUCAGUGGUUUGGAGCAACAGUCCGAAGUUCUGGCGAUGAUGGGAUCAUCCUGGCCUGUGCUCCGAGGUAUAUUUGGUUCAGCACUAAUCGCAAACGACGUGACCCAGUCGGCACUUGCUUCGUGGCCAAGGACUCCUUCACCGAAUUUACGGAAUACUCACCAUGCAGAACAUCCAGAUGGGGAUAUCAUCGUCAGGGUUCUUGUCAGCUGGGUCUUGGAGGAGACAUCGACUCGGAUGGGCGACGAAUUUUCUUGGGUGCUGUGGGGAGUUGGUACUGGCAAGGUCAAAUGUUUAUGAUCGACUCUCGGAAAACUGAAUCGACUGGGGACAACCGUGUUCCUUUCUAUCAGUUCCUUCAACCAGGCCAAGUUUACUCGCAGUCAUCUUGGAGUCGGGACAUUCGUUGGACGAAGGAAGGGCCGAGCUGGGAUGAUGACAGUUAUCUAGGAUAUUCCGUAGCUCAUGGAGAAUUCUCAGGAGAUAAUGAAUCUGAUGUGGCUGUUGGGAUGCCCAGAGGAGCAAAUCUUACUGGAAAGGUUGUGAUUUAUUCCUCCGACCUGACCAAUCUGCACAACAUUACUGGAGAACAAAUCGGUGCUUACUUUGGAUAUUCCUUAUGCGUUCUGGACAUGGAUGGUGAUGGACUAGACGACAUUGUGGUCGGCUCUCCAAUGUACACUGAUUUUAACGAUCCUGGCAUGAAAAUUGAAACCGGAAGGAUUUACGUGAUCUACCAAACCAAACGGCAUAAAUUCCGCAAAUGGGAUUCCGUGGAUGGGACCGCGCACAAGGGACGCUUUGGCCUUUCACUGACUUCACUGGGCGAUAUAAACAAGGACGGUUUUAACGAUUUUGCAGUGGGUGCUCCUUAUGACGGCGUUACUGGUCGCGGCGCUGUUUACAUCUUUCAAGGGAGCUCAACAGGUGUUAGAAAAGAGUUUACUCAGGUGAUCUAUGGAGAGUCCGUAUCUCAAGGAAUAUCAACCUUUGGAUUUUCACUGUCGGGUGGCAAGGACCUGGACGGCAACCAGUACCCGGACCUCUUGGUUGGAUCGUAUGACUCUGACAGCGUUUCCUACUUUAGGUCCAAGCCGGUGGUGCGUGUGAAAUCCAAGUUGUCCUUUUCCUCGGCUCUAAACAAGCAAGUCAAUUUGGAAGAGAAGGGCUGCACCCUGCGAGACCUAACCCCCGUCACUUGUCUUCCGCUCAGCUUGUGCAUGGAGUACGAUGGCGAAGGAGCCGACGAUGUCAUUGAUUUCAACGUUCAAUACAAUUUGGAUUCGAAAAAGUCGAAGGAUCCGAGAAUGUUCUUUUUGAACCAAGAGGGACGUAACAUAUUGAAUGAAACGGUGCGUCUCACGAAGAGAAAGCAACAUUGUACGAGUCAGCAGGUGUACUUGCGGCCACAUAUCAGGGACAAGCUUACGAGUCUUGAGGCCGAGCUCAAGUGUUCCAUGCGAGAGAGCAGGUACCAGCAGAGAGACCUUCAGCCCGUGAUAGACGUUACAACCUCGUCCGCCGAAAAGGAUUCAAUUUCAAUACAGAAGAACUGUGGACAAGAUAAUAUUUGUGUUCCAGAUUUAAGACUAAAGGUUUCUCAGCCGAGUAAAUCGUUCUUAAUGGGAAGUUCUGAGCGAAUACAUGUGGACGUGGAGGUUCACAACAACGGAGAGGACAGUUACGAGUCCAUGAUGUACAUGACGGUCCCUCCAGGGCUUUCUUAUGUCAAUUUUGAGAAAAAGACCGACAGCAGGAAAGAUGUACCGAUCCUUUGUUCUGCGCCGUCUCCAUCCACGAAUAAUACGAUUAAAUGUGACAUUGGCAAUCCAAUGCCUACCUUUGCCACAGCCAAGUUUCGGGUGAUUUUUCAACCCAGGUACGGCUCCGAAGUGAAAUCCUCCUAUGAUUUUCAUGUCACUGUAAAUUCGACCAACCCGGAGGAGACUUACGCCAAAGGUGAUAACGCCAAGUCCUUCUCUCUUCCCAUUCGGGUGUCAACAGACUUGAAAGUGUAUGGAGUCAGCAAAGAGGAGAUAAUACAGCAUAACGCAUCUCAAUGGAAGCAAUCCGGCGAAUUCAAGUCUGAAUCUGAAAUUGGUCCAGAAGUUUAUCAUAUAUAUGACAUCAAAUGCCAAGGACCUAGUCACAUAGCCAAUGCUGAAGUUACCAUAAUUUGGCCCAGUUAUCUCGCCGGCAUCACGCACGACGGGGACAGUCGUCAUUUUAUGUAUUUGCUGGAACAGCCCCGAGUCGACGGGCCGGGAGAGUGCGAUUUUGUUGAAGAUGUCAAUCCAUUGGGACUCACUAUUUUACACAGACGUUGGGAAAAUAUCAUUGUCCACGGGGACAACAGGGCUACGACAACUGUCGUUGAUUCAGAAGAAGGCCUUAUAGGAGGAGAAGGACGUCGUGGUGGGUCCACUAGUUCCAGCUCCACAUUUGUGAUCAGUAGUGGCGGUGGAGGAUAUGGCGAUGCUGGAUCCAACUCCAGUACUCAUAGGGAGCAUUCCGAACACCGAUCAUCAUCCUCUGGGGGAUACACCCAACGAACUAACUACUCGUCCCGUUCAUACAGCAGCUCUUCCCAAAGUGAAGUGAGUAGAUCGUCUUCGAGAGGGGAAUACCAAGAAUCCCCACAAUAUCCGUACAACCGACAUAGGAAUGAAAGAGCUGCUUCUGAUGACGACAGCUUGGAAAAGGAGUUGAGGUGUGGACCAACGGAGUGCAUAAAAAUUCGAUGCCGCAUCCACGAGCUAGCCAGUGGGAGCAGCAUCCUCUUCAUGCUCCGGAGCAGAGUCUUUAGCAGGACGAUUGUGGAGGAGUUUGGUGGAGAACAUGUAAAUGUAUCCUCAAAAAUCAUUGCUCGGGUAACUCAACUCCCGUACAACGUAGACCCCAGUUACCUAAAGUUCAAGAAAUAUGAAAUUGUAACCACUAUUGAGGAAGUUCCAGAUCUCUCAGUUCCAUCUGCAAUUCCGUGGUGGGUGUAUUUUCUGGCCGCACUCGCCGGACUCAUUCUUCUUCUCCUCAUCAUCUAUAUUCUGUACAAGUGUGGAUUUUUUCGCCGGAGACGUCCCGGACGUGGAGGACCAGAUAGUCAACCUUUGCGCGGAAACCGGGGACGUUAAUUAAUAUAAUAGGCUAAGCUCAUCAGAUUAAAAUUAUUAAUUAUGAUUAUCCUAUAAACAAACACUGCCUGCGAUGCGCUAGACUAAAAACUAAGACUAAUGUUAUUAAAAGUCAACUAUGAUUAAUAGCAGGGAGUUAUAAUAAACAUUAAUAAUAUUGUCGAC